AUGGUGAGGAAAGUCUCCCGAAAUGCUGGCAAGUACACAUUGAAGCGCAAGUCCAAGCAAUACAAGAGAACUAAUCAUCGGCCGCAUCCAGCCAAAACCAUCGUGACCCGCAGUCAGUGCAGCAUCAGCGGCAACGUCUUUCACAGGCUCCCGUCGGAGGUGUUCGACAUAAUCCUGGAUAAACUGUCUGUGCUGGAGAUCAGUGUGUUCUGCAUGGUGUCCAAGGAAAUCACCAGAUACCUUGUGGACUACAUCUCCACCCAUGCUUGGAAGAAUAAAAUGAUCAUUGAAAGCUUUCACUUCUCCACCUGCCUUCAACAGAGAUUCACUAUUGGACACUACAGAGACCUGGGUUUGAUGUUCAAGAGAUGCACCCUUUUGCUACCAACAAAGGACAGGUUAAAGUUCAUCUUUAGCAAGUUUUCGGAGAUUUCCUGCUUCACGAUAGAGCAGUGUUUAUCACCAGACUGCAUUGCCUUCUCCAGCCUUGGGGCGUUCCUCCAGACACUGAUUGCGGGAUGGGAUGAGCUGGAGUGCCACAGAGUGUUCAACUUCCUGUGUGACAUCACAAAUCUGCUGCAAAAAGUUGAGAUGGUCAUCACUGGAAAUCCAGGGGUGAGGUGGGACCUGGAGCUGCAGCUCCGUCUAUUCUGCCGUCAGGUUCUGUUGGACCCGUGGCCGAACCAUCCAGAGUGCCGGUUCUGGCUAGCACUACUCCUGAAGCCUUGGCCCCUGGUCUGCCAGGCACGCUUGCUGCUCAUCCUCUUCGGACCUCUGUUGCCUGAGGGCACCCUUGGUUGGCAGGGUCUGGUGGCAAGGGGGCUACCUCACAGCGCUCUGUGGGACCUGGCCAGGGCUCUUCUUCUGCUUUUUGGCCAUGUAGACGUCAAAGACCUGACCUCCAAUUCAAUGCUGACAAUCCUGGAAGAGCUCAUUGUCAUUCCACAGCCAUGGCUUUUGGAGAAUGUGGCUCGUCUCAUGGUGCUGUGUGGCAGCGGUCUCUGCUACGCUGUUCUCGCCAGCAAAGCCAUCAAUGGACGACUUCUUGAGAUGUCCAGACUCAUCGUGCACAUCAUACUGGUGUGUGAGAAGGAUGGCUAUCACAUGUCCUGGGCAGUGAAGUUGGUGCAGCAGAUCAGCAUGGUGUUCAGCACAGCUCCUGAAAAGUUCCGCUUCAUCCAGCAACUGGAGAACAUGUUUUCAGAGGUCACCAGAGACAUUUUUGAGUUGUCUUUAGAAGGAAACCAUUUCGAGGACAGGGAGGCUUUCCAGACCCUGUGUAUCCUCCUGGACUCCAUUGCUCACUUCCAUGCUAGGUUCCUCCACACGUUCCUCAAAUAG